AUGGACAUCACCAACUUCGUUGUUUCGCAUAGGGCCGAUGCUCUACUGGUCGGCGACUACAACGUGUAUCGUGCUCAGCUUUCCCGAAGACUGCACACUCUCCGCAAGCGACUUGGGAGAACGACCCCCAAGGGAAAGAAGUAUACGGCAAAGCCGCUUGUGGUCGCAGAAGAAGUCGGCCAAAAUCCUGAGUUUGCCCACCUUCAUCUGAUCCUGGCGGAACGAGCAUGGGCGUCGGCCAUGCAAAUGAAAUCGGCACAUUCUGCGGAUCCAACCACAAAAGGCAUUGUGGGCUCGACGAGGCGUCAUAUCAUAUCUCGUUUAAACAAAGCGACUGUGUAUGCUAAACAACUCGUCCAGCUUCUAGAAGACCAGUCGACUUCCAAAGCGUCAAAUGUCGACUUACUAGAAGCUCGAGCUUAUCUCGCUUCACUUUGUGCAACGUUUUGGAUGGAAAAGCAACGUUGGGGAGAAUGUCUACGCGAGAACUCACUGGCCUAUAUCAUAUAUACAGCGGUUCAAAGGAAGACAGAUCGCGAAGUAUUCCGUGAUCUUUUGUCCAGCACUAUUGACCCGGGAAUUAGAUAUGCAGCAUACCAGCUCAAACUUCCGCGUUCUAUACCGUCACGCACUAUCAGCAUUCAACACUUUUCCGCCGACGACAAAGUACGAGCAGAGAUAGAAUCCGUUGACCCCGAAUCAUUAUCCGAAACGCGAGGUGAAAAUACGGUUACCGUCGAAGGGAGCACUCAAGAGCUUCCACAAACAAUAACAUGGCGAUCCCGAACAGUGAAACUUGAAGAUGCUUCCAUAUCACAGGCUCUAGGCACUGCAGCUGCAGCUGAAUCGCGGCUUUCGUCAUGGAUAUCUAGCCCCGAUGGCCAGCAUGCGUCCCCGAGAGAAAAGUCUGCCAGUUAUGAUAACGUUAUUAUUGCCAGCCAGGACGCCGUUGAUGCUACCAAAACCGCGAUUGACGAGCUUUCCAACGAAGGAGUCGACCAGGGAGACCAACGAAUGCAAGCCCUUCAGAUGACUCGGACGGCCGUGAAUUACGCGUUGGUGGGAUGGCGCGUGGGUCGUAACAGGGUGCUGUGUGGCGCCGAAGACGGUUUACAAUUUGAGACUGAGAGAUAUCGAGGCAAAAAGAGAGCCAAGGUUCAACAAGGCUCAAAGGGCGCAAAGGAGGAGAGUACGGGAAAGAGAUUAGCCCGGCUGCGCGAGCGAGUUGUACUGUAUGAUGCCAUCCUACAAAGCUUGGAUUCUGUCAAAGAACUUCCAGGAGUUGCAGGCGACGCCGAGUUUAUGGAAGAGUUGGAUGUGACUCGGCAUUACUUCUUAGCGUUGAGGUGUCUCUCUAUUGGCAGGUCCCACGCGUUUCUCUCCAACACGAAGAAUGCUUUGGCACUGUUUGUUCGAGCAUCGAACCUUGCGUCUAAUGUUCGCGCGAGCGCUCAUAUUGACAAUUCAAGACCCUUGCGGCUUGAGGUGACGCAGCUGCAGGCUAAGGGACUCGCUGAACAUUUGCAACAUCUUAUUUGGCAAUACCGUGGUAUCGUUGAGAUUGAACAGCUUAGCUCCAGUUCCAAGGGCGAGUCCUCUAUCCUUCCACCCCUUCUUGAGCGACUGGGUGAAUAUCCUUCGGCUGGCCCAGAUUUAUCCAACUUGGUGACCUAUCCACCCAAACUCCAGCCAGUCCCUGUUAAGCCCCUGUUCCUGGAUCUCGCGUGGAAUUACAUUGAAUACCCUAUUGAAGCCAAGAGGGCAGUUGAUACCCGUGAAGCUACCACGACACCGACUGAAACACAACCAGAAACGAAGAAGAAAGGAUGGUUUGGAUUUGGUCGAUGA